AUUCGGGAUUUCUUCUGCACUCUCCGAGGCUGCAUAGCUGCACCUCUGCCUCCGGAAGGCUUUCUCCCCUCUCCCUGGCUUGGGGCUUACUGAUUUGGAAGGCGAGGCUAAUUUACAUGUAAAUAAAUCUGAGCCGGCCGUGAGGUGGGCCGUCCAGAUGCGGUGACUGACUUGCUGACAUCACGGCCUUAUUAGCAUGCGGAGGAUGCAGGCACUGCAACAGCGACUUCUCUGGCACCACCAGCCGCUCCGCUGCCGCCGACGAUUAUUAUUAUUUUUGGCCGAGCCGCACGUUUCCUGGCUCGGUGGCUUGGACUGUGCGCCCAGCUCACUGGUCUUCCCGGUCUGGCUCAGGACUGGGUGGUGACGCUGAGGCCGGGUCUGACUUCCUUUAGACCGUAGUGACGAGGAGAGUUCAGAGGAAAUCAGGGUUCUCCAGAAGGUGGCCGCAGAGCUCUGGCGGACGCAGGAGAAGGGCAGAAGUCACGCUGUCCUGGGCUCCCGGGUGCCCAGCCGGAUCUGGACCGGCAGUGGUGACGAAGUGCGGAGCUGCCUGGGCUUGAGCUGCUGCUGCCGUCAGGAGGGCUCAGAUUUGCAAAGGCAUCAGGAGAGAAGAUGCGUCGGUUGCCUGAGGUCCUGCUGGCGUUCUUAGAAACCAGACCCAGGGAGAAAGUGAACGGGGGCAACUGACAAGCUCCAGGGCCUGGGGGAUGCUUCCUCGGAAACCCGGCAUCUCCAUCUUCGCUGGAGGAAGAUCUGCCUGCACUGCAAGUGUCGCCAGGAGGAGCACAUGGUGACCGUGAUGCCUCUGGAGAUGGAGAAAACCAUCAGCAAGCUCAUGUUUGACUUCCAGAGGAACUCGACCUCAGACGACGACUCGGGCUGCGCCCUGGAGGAGUACGCCUGGGUCCCGCCGGGGCUGAAGCCCGAGCAGGUACACCAGUACUACAGCUGCCUCCCUGAAGAGAAGGUCCCUUAUGUCAACAGCCCUGGAGAGAAACUGCGAAUCAAGCAGCUCCUCCACCAGCUGCCGCCGCACGACAAUGAGGUCCGAUACUGCAACUCCCUGGAUGAGGAGGAGAAGAGGGAGCUGAAGCUGUUCAGCAACCAGCGGAAACGUGAGAACCUGGGCCGAGGGAAUGUCAGGCCCUUCCCCGUCACCAUGACCGGCGCUAUCUGCGAGCAGUGCGGAGGCCAGAUUAACGGCGGGGACAUCGCUGUGUUCGCAUCUCGCGCUGGCCACGGUGUCUGCUGGCACCCGCCCUGCUUCAUAUGCACCGUCUGCAGUGAGCUCCUGGUGGAUCUGAUCUACUUCUACCAAGAUGGGAAGAUCUACUGUGGACGGCACCACGCCGAGUGCCUGAAGCCGCGCUGUGCCGCCUGCGACGAGAUCAUCUUCGCUGACGAAUGCACAGAAGCUGAGGGGCGGCACUGGCACAUGAAACAUUUCUGCUGCUUCGAGUGUGAGACAGUGCUGGGUGGCCAGCGCUACAUCAUGAAGGAAGGAAGGCCCUACUGCUGCCACUGCUUCGAGUCCUUGUAUGCAGAGUAUUGCGACACCUGUGCCCAGCACAUAGGGAUCGACCAGGGUCAGAUGACCUACGACGGCCAACACUGGCACGCCACUGAGACCUGUUUCUGCUGUGCUCACUGCAAGAAGUCCCUCCUGGGCCGGCCGUUCCUCCCGAAGCAGGGCCAGAUAUUUUGCUCCCGAGCCUGCAGUGCCGGUGAGGACCCCAAUGGCUCCGACUCCUCCGAUUCGGCCUUCCAGAAUGCCAGAGCCAAGGAGUCCCGACGCAGCGCCAAGAUCGGCAAGAACAAGAGCAAGACAGAGGAGGCCGUGCUGAGCCAGCACGGCCAGCUGCAGGCAAGCUCGGUCCGGCUGUCGGCCGACGUAGACCCCCUGUCCCUACAGAUGGACCUGCUCAGCCUGUCCAGCCAGACACCCAGCCUCAACCGGGACCCUAUCUGGCGGGGCCGGGACGAGCCCUACCACUACGGGAACAAGAUGGAGCAGGGCCAGGCCCAGAGCCCUCUGCAGCUGCUCAGCCAGUGCAGCAUGAGGACUUCCUACAGCCCAGGGGCGCAGGGCGCGGGAGCCCAGCCCGACGUGUGGCCCCAGCAUUUCAGCAACCCCAAGAGGGGCUCGGCGCUGGCCAUGAAGGGGCACGGUGGCAGCUUCCUCAAGGAGUGCCGUGAGGACUACUACGGUGCGCGGCUGCGGUCCCAGGAGAGCUACAGCGACAUGUCCAGCCAGGGCUUCGGCGAGGCCCGGGGUGGCAUCCAGGUGCCCCAGUACGAGGAGACGGAGGACGGCGGGGGUGCGGCCACCCAGCAGUGCCGGCCGCGCCACCCACUCGGCGCCCUGCAGUACACGGAGGACAGGACGCCCGCGGAGCAGACCCCUCGGGGCUCCAUGGACUCGCUGGCCCUGUCCAACACAACAGGUUUCUCCGCGGAAGGCGGGGCCAAGCGCCAGGAGCACCUGUCGCGGUUUUCCAUGCCGGACCUCAGCAAAGACUCGGGAAUGAACGUGUCCGAGAAGCUGAGCACCCUGGGUACCCUCAACUCGUCCGUGCAGUUCCGGAGCGCCGAGUCGGUGCGCAGCCUGCUGUCGGCGCAGCAGUACCAGGAGGCAGACGGCGGCCUCCGCCAGCUCGGCGCCCCCGCGGGGUACCGGGACCUGCAGGCCCGCGGGCGCAGGCACCAGAGCUUCGACUUCGACGCGGGGCUGGCGGGCGGCCCGCUGCCCGGCCCCGAGGCGGCGCGGCUGCAGCCCCUGAGCGAGCGCACGCGGCGCCGGGCCUCCCCGCGCGACCCCGAGGCGCGCCGCCCGCGCACGCACGCGCAUGCGCACCGCCCCCGCCGCUCGCGCCGCUCGCGCUCAGACAACGCGCUGCACCUGGCCGGCGAGCGCGAGGCACUGUCCCGCCUGAAGGGGCGGCCGGGCCUGCGCGCCCGCGAGGACUGCGAGCCGUUCGCGCGCCAGCGCAGCUUCCAGGGCAGCCCGGGCCCGGGCGGCCGCCGGGACCUGUGCGGCCAGUGCCCCCGGACCGUGUCGGACCUGGCGCUGCAGAACGCCGUCGGGGAGCGCUGGGCGCCCUGCUUCGCCGAGUACGACUGGUGCUCCACCUGCUCGUCCUCCUCCGAGUCCGACAACGAGGGCUUCUUCCUCGGCGAGCCCAUUCCGCAGCCGGCGCGCCUGCGCUACGUCACCAGCGACGAGCUGCUGCACAAGUACGGCUCCUACGGGGUCCCCAAGGCCUCCACCUUGGGGGGCCGGGGGCAGCUGCACGGCAGGAAAAGACAGAAGAGCAAAAACUGCAUCAUUUCCUAGGGCGUGGGCCGGGGGCCGAGUGCCGCUUCGGGCGCGCUGUCCACCUGCACGUCCCCAGGAAACAGUAGACGACGCCGGGUCGGCCACCGCCUGCCCUGCGUCCUGGCUCAACCGUUCCCGCUCGCUUGUUUCCCGGUUCUCUUACUUUUAGGACCAUUUUUCCAGUAAGUCAUUUUGUUUAUUAGCCAGGAUCUGAGACUAAGUUAUUACUUGUCCAUUGUAAAUGCGAUGUAAAUGAGAGUUCUGAGAAAAUAUUUUUGUAUUUUGUAAUAUCAAAGGAAUUUCUAUCUCGCAGCGGGGACUUGCAUGCACAUCCAGCAUUGUCUUUGAGUGAUAUCCGAAGGUGGCCCAGGGCCACCUUUUUUUUACUAGACAAAUUUGUUACAUGUCAGUGAGACUUUUUUCGAAGGAGUAUAUUCAGUUUGGCUUUUUGUGGCUGAAAAAAGUUCAUUCUUCCCAAAGCAUUUGAUGCUCUCUUCCAUCCUAGGGCGCUAUCCUUAAGCCCCGUCCCACCCCAAUAGAAUUUAUUCUCUACAAAGUGAUAGUAACUUUUUAAAUUGCAGAUGUAACUUUCGUUGACGGCCGAUGCCAGCCGGGUCAGUAAAGUCCAGGGGGAAACGCCGUCCCUGCCCGGAGCGUGAAGUUGCUUAAUGUCGAUCUAUUCCGUGGGGAAACUAAGUGCCCGUGCGUGGUGCUGUUGCGUGCUGUCCGCAUGACGUUGUUCUGAUGUUGUUUUCUGGUGCCCAUGUUUCCUGGAUUGUAUUACCUGCUUUCUUUUUUCCAAGGCAGACGGAGCUGCUGCCUGACAACCGGUUGUCCUCAGAGCAAUGAAUUUGAGCGUUUGGAACUGGGGCCGACGGGUCCUGGGGGCUCGGGGGGCGGGGGUGUUGCCUGCAGGCUUGGAGAGGAACGGGCGAUCUGAACGCAGACAGCAGAAGGGUCCCAGGAUGGGAGUCAGGAAGCAGACGUUCCGGACAGGAAGGAGAGGGGAGGCCACAGCUGCCUUGAGUAGCCCCGGCCUGAUAGUCGGUUUAACAAGCUCAGUGACCGGAACGCGGGGUCACCCAGGAAGGUGGGGCUGCUGAGAUUUCAGGGGAAGGACUCGGAAAAACAGACUUUGUUGAAAGAGAUUUCAUUCUGAACUUUGAACUUGGUCAGAAAGAGAACGGGCUCAAAUGUGAGGGCUUAAAGAAGACAUUGAACGGUUGUGCUGUUUAUAGUAAAAUAAAACUUCCUGCCUGGCUUCAGCUAAAGAUGAAGCACCUGCUCUUUGUCCAUUCUCCUCCUCCCCUCAGUGGACUGUAGCAGCUGAAAUACCCCAUUCGAGGACCCCUUAGUGAGCUGCUCUGUCCACAUAGUCCACGGUGCGUGUCGGCGGCCAUCCGCCCUGGUGAGGUGGGCGUGGCCCCUUCCCAGUGUAGUAGUUGACAUUUUCUAAUAUUUUUAUGGAGGGAAUGUGAAAAGUGGCUCUUCAGAUGCCAUCCCAGAUGGGUCUGGGGAAAGGAAAGUUGUAAAGAACAUGGUAUGGAACUCCAUUCAGGAUGUAUUAAAAUAAUUUGCUUUUCAGGUAUUAAUAUGACAUUUGUCAUUGUCACUGAUUUUUUAAAAAAGCAAUGCAAAUGUUGGUUGUGACUGUUUUCCGCAUGCUAUCUUCAUAUCUAAAUGCUUCACUAAUUAUUCAAGCCUCUGGAGAAUUAACUUUAAUACGUUUGUAUAGUAGGUUUGUAAACUGCUCGGCAAGUUGAUUAAGAAAUUAUGUACAACACCAUGCUACUAAAGUGUCAGGUUUCUGGUGGGAACUGGGGGAGUCCAAUUUGAAGUUUUGAGCUCCUUUAUUGAUUGAAAUAAAAAGGCAUUGUUGGAAAAAGAAAACAGAGAGGAAGGGUGGAUCCCUUAACUUAGCAAAGGGUUGGAAAUGUUUAUCCUGUGUGGCUCCAAAUCCAGUGAAAGAAAUUCUCGCAUUUAAAGUAGUAGCUCUUAAAUUUCCGAGUAAGCCUUCCAGCAUCAUCAGCAGAAAGAGGUGGCCUAGACCUGACCGACCUUCCCCACAGGGACCUAGUGCCUGGGGUCACUGCAGGCCCAGCCAUCCAGAGAGCUCCCAGGGACUUCCCACCAGCGCAGGACAGGCAGUGAGAUCCCGGCCGCAGCUUGCACUGCCCUGGCAAGAUGACCUCCGUCUGUCUUGCCUGCACUGCAGGUUUCUUCCCUCACCCAGAUGCAGCCAGGUGCCUUACAGAGGGUCACUGCAAGAAGGCCAGUUCCUCAGAGUGGGGCUCCCAGUGAGCGGCCCGAGAGGGUGUCCUGUACAGGGCGUCACCUUGCUGUCCGUGGUGACACACCUGCCACCGUAGGUCACAUCCCAGAAACUCCGUGCACUCUUUGCCAAGGCAGGAACUUGAGGCUCUCGCCUGAUUCCUCCUCAUAACCUUAGCUGUUGCUGGUCAAGUGGCUUCUCCGAGUGGGCCUCCACUCCCCUGCUCAAGAUCAUCGGCUCAUCCUCCUCUUCUUUGCCUGGUUUUCAGAAGAGUGAUCUUUUCCCAUUUUCCUCUCCUCUGGUGUCCUGGCCGGUUUCCUUUCCACCUCCCCCACGAUUGCACGUGUCUUUGGUCAGACCUGCAUCUUCAGAGUUCUGUCCACUUCUUACUGCUGCUGGAUUCAGUGGCCACAGAACUGGCUCCUUUCUGGGCCCAGGAAGCAUCUGCCACCGAGUGUCCCGUGUGGGCCUGCGAGGCCUGCCGCCCUGGGAACUAGCUCUGAGCAGGGCAGGGAAGCCCUUGCUUCUGACCUUUAGUUCUGGGGUCUCUGCUGGGGUGGGGGUGGCGGUGACUGAGGUGAGGGAAAUCAGACCGUGUGGCCAGCUUUUGCACAUGUCCGAUGGAGAGCUCCUGGGGCUGGACUUGUGGCACCUUCUGUCCACACUCACCUUUUCUUCUGUAGUCCUUCCUUUCUCUUUCCAACCAGGUGAGUGAACAGCAGUUUUGUUUUUCUAAUGUGAGACGUGGGGGCAGCACCUCCUCACCUCUGUGCCGUAAUAAGGUGGUGAUUUCUUCUCUAGAAGGAGUUUUUGCUGCUUGGGUUCUGCUAGCCAUUGCUGCAUCUGGGCAGGGCCGGCAACAGCUCCUGCUCUGCCACCCUGCUGCCUGAGCAGGUGUGAGGGAGGCAUUGCUGUGGACCUCCCAUGAAAAGGUGGGCACAGGAGUCUCCGGCCACUCCAGCCAGGCAGGACCAGUUGAUUAGAACUGAUCUUACUCGUCUGAUAACGAUUCUUAUUUAUAAACUGCUUCUUAUCUGUCUUCCCACCCUGGCUUUCUUGCCAUGGAAUAAAACUAGAACAGCACAUAAUUAGGAAGCAUCAAUCAUAAAUAACUGGGAGACUCCAUGUUCUCUCUCCCUCAGAUGGUGGAGGCUGAAGGAAGCUGACGUGUCAGCUGCACAAAGACAGACUUCUUCAACCUCCUCCUCCACGCUCAUGUUCUUUGCCGGCUAGCAUAGGCAGCCUCUGUCCAUUCUGCAGUGCUCAAGCGAGACUCCCCCCUUUCUUCCUCUAGUCCCACUUCCUAAUGAGAGAGGGAACAAGCAUUUAAAUUACCAAAGGAGAAAGCGCUCCUCAUGUAUUUCUAACAGAAACCAGAUGCUUCUGCCUGAGGAGGAUCCAACCAUGGCCCAGGAAAGUGGAAAAAUGAACCAGUUAUGUGGAUAUUUGACCUAAGAGGAGUUGCUGCUGGCAACUGCCUGGCCCUCCAGAGCCUUGGCCUGGGCUCUGCAGGUGGUGUUCCACAGCACCUGCUCUGACUGAGGAGGCGCUGCAGACGGCCACCUCCUGAGGCCCAUUUCUGUAAGGGCAAGAGCAGUGGGCAUGAAGGGGCCUGGGCCUUGUCUCCAGGGCUGUGUCCCUCUGGAUGGACCUCAGCAGGCACCAGAGCACACCUGUGUGAUCAUUCAGAAGUCAUCAUCAAGGUCAAGCUCAAAAAAGAGUUCGCUUCUUUUUCCAUCUUCCCAUAAGAGUAGCUCAGUGAACAUGAGACUCCAUACAACAUGACUCACGGUUGGGAGCUGGGCUGUUUUAUAAGCUUACUUCCUGCCAAGAAAACUAGCUUUCCUCAGGGGAAUAAAAAGGAGAGAAAAGUCACACAGCGUUAGGGAACACUUCUGUGAUUUAAACAAGAUGACUUGCUAAGAUAGAAAGGGCUUUCUUAUUCUGUCCUGAGAGUUUUCUGACACCCUUUGGCUCACUGGGCAUUUGGCCCAUGACAUUCAGCAGGUCACUAAUCAAGCUUCUCUGAAAUUCUCAGUUUUUACCAAUAAGGUCUGUUCUCCAGCCUCUCGAAUGGAUUUCCAUAUUUUUCCAGAAAGUAUUCUUGCUUCUGUCAUAGAGCCCAGCUUAAUGUUUGAAGGCCUGAGAGUCAUCCAUUUUCUCUGGAGAGUGAGGGCCUGACAGGGCUGCCUCCCUGACCCUGUCCCUUCCUGCACAGGGUGGCUCUGCCCAUCUCCUGCUUUAACUUCACGUGCAUAAACCAAACCUCCAAGGGCCUGAGGUGGUGAGGCAGGCUGGAAUCUGCUGCGUGUCAAGUGUGAAGGUGUGUCUUGUUAAGAAGGCCUGUCACAGGCCUCUGGUGUGGGCUCUGCCAGAGACUGCUCUGAACACUUUGCUUGAGAUCUGUGCCCUGUAAAAUGGAUAUGAUGUUUUACCGAUGUCUGUAAUACAUUUGUAAACUUCCAAUAAAAUUUGAAUAAAAGAAA